ACUCGAUCGAGCUGCGCGGGCCCAUGCUGCCGACGGCGCUGCACUCGCUGCUGCGCGUCCUGCGAGACAGUUCUGCUGCUACCUACAGCGCCACCUGCGCGCACCACGCGCCCUCGCGCGCCUUCAGCACGCCGCGAGCGCACACCGCGCCAGACGACAGCUCCAAAGAGAACGAACCGAACGCGUUCAGCAAAGCGUUCAACAAGGAGAACCUUUCCGACUGCGGCAUCAGCGAAGACAUGCUGCAGCACUUCUGCUCGCCAGACCCAAACCUGGUCACGCUGCUAGACAGCGUCAAGUACAACACAGAAGACGACACUUACUCCUGGUGACACGCGUGUUUUAUUUAUAACUCUGUUGUUGAAUGUGUUUUGUAUCAAUUGAGAUCAUGAAUUAAAAUAUUUUUCAUAAAUAAA